AUGCUGCCUUGCACAACCAUUGUGGGUCUGCUGGUGCUCGCUCAAGUGUUGAACUAUUUGGUGCAGCUCUCGCGGGUAGAAGCCUCGACUGCCGGAGAGACUUCCAUCAAGAUGUGGCAAAGACAUCAGAAUGAGGAGCUGCCUGAAGAGGUUCGAGGCAUUCUGUGGAUGAAGGGCAACACAUGCCCCGAGCUUCAACUGACAUUGGAAGCUGGAGCCUAUGACAAGAGCAGUCGAACGCUUCUCCUGCCGUUUGGCACCGCGUAUAGCUGGUCCUACAAUUCGGACCUGGCCGGUUGGUUGGAGUAUGCGGCCGUGACGCUCAAUUUGGCUUUCCUCAGCCCAGGCAAGCUCAGGGUAGAGUUCGCCGAAGACUUCAGAUCUGCAACGAUUCAGAUCACCUUCGCCGGCAUCAGCUUGGCAGAGAGCGCGGGACUCUGGGCUUUGAACCGGACGGAUGAGUCAGGAGACUUCUGGAAUCGCAUGCAAUGGAAUGCUUCCGAGAGGAAGUGGGAGCUCGUUUAUGACAUCAAGAAGGCUCUUGGUGCCGACGGGGUAAAGUUACCAGCAUGGUCACAAAUGGUUCAAUCUGUGCUGUCUGGAGUUGUGGUACAUGGCAAAGGGUGUGGCUCCUCCAUGAUCAAAACCGAUUCGCAGCUCGUGCACGGAGAUUUCUUGAUGCGUCAAGUGUUUUUGACCAUCCUCUUCAGUGCCUUGUGGUUGACAUUGGCCGGGUACUGCCUCCAAAGAAGUGAUGCAAAGGCCCCAUCGGCGGAAAUGCAGCCGCUUACUUACGAGCCGUGUCACACCACAGAGCCACUACCAAUGUUGCUGGGGCCUCAAUUUGGGCCUCAGUCAUCCCCAUCAGACCGUUUGUGUAUGCCACACAAGGAUCUGCCUGAACCCCUGGAGCUCGCAACGGUGUGA